AUGCCUCACAAGGAGAGCCAGGAUCCACAGUACGUAUACUACCACGAGGGCGGCGUCCCGGGCAAGCGGCCCAUCCUCACGGGCGCAUCCGCCAAGCCGACGUUCACGGAGAUCCCCCGGAUCGAUCUUUCGCGGCUGUACUCCCCGGAGCUCUCGGAGCGCAAGGCGCUGGCCGCCGAGGUCAACUCGGCCUUCACGGACGUGGGCUUCUUCUACGCUGUGAACCACGGCGUGGGCGAGCCCGAGAGGGCGGGCAUCUUCUCGGCCAUGCGGCGUUUCUUCUCGCUGCCCCUCGACAUCAAGAUGGAGACGCACUCGCGGCAGAACCACAAGUUCCGCGGCUACGAGCCCGUCUUCUCGACCAGGCUGGACCCGACCACGCGCGGGGACCUCAAGGAAGGGUUCCUUAUGGGCGAGGACGCGCUGGACCCGGAGCAGGAGGCGCCCUCGUCCGCCGCCGAGAGACAGCAGGAAGAAGGCCACCGCAACCAGUGGCCCUCGCACCCCGACGCCGCCUUCUGGCGGCCCGCCGUCUACCAUUAUCACAGGGCGCUGCGCACGCUGUCCGAGCGCCUGCUGGGUAUAUUCGCGCUGGCGCUGGAUCUGGACGAGCAUCAUUUCGACGACAUCACACGGUUCCCGCUGACCAACAUCCGGGCGCUGCAUUACCCGCCGCAGGAAGAGAACGAUGACGUGGGCAUUGGGGCGCACACGGACUUCGUGUUCUUCACGCUACUUUCUCAGCAGGAAACGGCACGGCCGGCGCUCGAGAUCCUGAACGGCAACGGGAUCUGGGUGCCUGCGUAUCCAGACGAGAAGUCGUUCGUAGUCAACGUGGGAGAUUUUCUCAAGUUCUUCACGGGAGGGUUGUGGCAGAGCACCGUGCAUCGAGUGCGGAAUACGACCGGCGAGGAGAGAUUUUCGAUUCCGUUCUUCUAUAGCCCGGAUGAAGAUGGGGUGGUGGAGGUGCUGGACAAAUUCAAGGAGAAGGGAAAGACGUACGAGCGAUUUACCGCGGGGGAAUAUUUUGAGAAGAGGUUGCAGAUCGACCGGAGGACUGCCGAUGAUGGGGAUGAAGGUGCUGUAAAAUAUUAA